AUGAUUUCGGCAUUACAACACGGAAACGGCAUUGCCUUUUCCCUUGGACCAAUCCCAUUGUCAUGCACCGCUACAGACACGACCUUUUUGGUCCUCAAAACCACCAUCAUCGCAACCCAGAACGUCGUCUGCAGAACCAAACAGAAGGACGCUGAAACCUUCCCCGUCCGUACCGGUUACGUGCCAGUACGGAGUACUGCAACCGUCGCUGUCAUGCUUGGCCCGACGGGUGUGAGCCAAGGUAACCGCUCCCUCGAGAUCGAUUUCGGAGUCACCGUGAUGACUGAGGAGCUCCUGGAUCAUGGAUGGGGUCGCCCGCUCGUGGCCUGUGGCUCCUUAUUUCCGAACCACCUGCUCCCGGUCCCUGAGCCCUGA